AUGUCAAGUGAAGAUUUGAAUAAUAUUAAAAGACGUAGAGUCGCAAGAGCUUGUGACACUUGUCGAAGAAAAAAAGUUCGUUGCGAUGGUGUACAGCCUGAUUCAGAUCCUCCAUCUUGUACAAAUUGCAAAGCUUAUGGUUAUGAAUGCGCCUUUAUUGAUGCACCAAAGAAACGUGGACCUCCAAAGGGAUACAUCGAGGCGUUAGAAACUAGACUCCAAAGAAUGGAAUCGAUCCUUGGAGGUUUGGUUCAAUCUGGUGAUUUACCUGAAGGCACAAUCUCAACGAAUCUUGAAUGGAUUAACGUUAAUGAGAGCAACUUUAGGUCGGAACAGGAUUCAAAUGGUUCCCAUAGUUCCAGAUUAAGAAGGCCUUCCUAUGAUUCUGUAACUAUAGGAAGUAAUUUAAAAAAUGGUAGAACCAAUUUAUCGUAUUCUACGAAAAGUUUGAUGACAUCAUCAAAUUACAAAUUAUAUAAAAAUGUCGGUCAAGGUAGUGACUCGGAAGAGUGUUUUUCAAGUGAUAGCAAUGAAUACAGCGGUUCUCAAUAUGAUUUAGAUGAUAGCAUGGGACAACUCGCAAUAGAUGAAAGUGGACACACGAGCUAUCUUGGAAAUAGUUCAGGAAUUUUCCUAUUCAAGGUUACAAAAAAAGUUGCCAACGGGCAGCUCAUCACAUUUCCAAAACCUGUGUUUUGCAAACCCACAAAAGGUAUCGAAACAAAAAUGGAGUUCGAAUUACCCCCAAGAGAAAUAUGUGAUAAAUUAUUAGACGCUUAUUGGAAAGAAUUCCAUCCUUUCAUGCCAUUCAUUGAUAAACAAGAUUUAAUGGAAAAAUAUAAUAAUUUGGAGUAUAAUUAUUUUUCAGUAAUCUUAUUAUAUUCAAUUUUCUCUAUUUCCGCUAGAUUUGUUGAAGAAUCGAUCGUACGACCAGAUCCUAAUGAUGAUUCCAAUGCGGGUACUCAGUAUUUUAAUAAGGCAAAAGAUUUAUUAAAGGAUGAAUUUUGUAAUGCUUCCAUUUCGUUAGUUCAAUCAUUAAUAUUGUUGGCAGGACAUCGUCAAAGUCAUAAAAGUUCUGCCAAUUGGGUGUACAUUGGUCUUGCCAUAAGACUUGCUCAAGAUAUGGGAUUACAUCGUGAUUCCGCCAAAUGGAAUCUUGAUGAGAGACAAGGUGAAAUCAGAAGAAGAGUUUGGUGGGGUUGUGUUUUAUCUGAUCGAUACGGUAGUGCGCGUAUGGGAAGGCCGCUUGCUAUAAAUGAUGCAGAUUUUGACGUAGAUUUACCCGUUGCGGGGAAGGUUCCUGAAGAUGAUGAAGAAACUAUUGAAGGAUGGGUUGAAAUAAUUAAAUGUAAUUUGAUUCUUGGACGUAUACUUAAUCAUAGUUAUUGUUUAAAAUCCAAAUCUUCACAGGUGAAUGUGGAACAGAUGUUGACUUCUUUGGAUCAUGAAUUGAAUGAAUGGCGUGAUAAUCUUCCAAAGAACUUUCUUUAUGAUUCAACUCCAACUAAUUAUGAUAAUAUAAAUUCGAAUAUGAAAGUGCUUUUGAAUUUAUUAUUUUAUAAUCAACAAAUACUUUUACAUCGUCCUCACAUCCGUGGACCAAAAUCAAAAGCUCCACCAUCUUCAAUUCCUUCUUUAACUAUUUGUACCAUGGCCGCAAAUAAUAUUACACAUAUCUUGUAUCGUGUAAUGAAAACUCGUGCCUUGAAGUUUACUUGGUCUUAUACGAUUCAUUCCUUCUUUACCGCGGCAACUAUGCAUAUCAUUAAUGUCUUAAGUGGGGAUGAUCGGUUUAGGGAAGUUGCAAAACAUGGUUUGAGAAUGACAUUAAAAUGUUUGGAAUAUAUGUCAGAAUUUUGGAACGCUACUGAUAAGAUAAUACAUAUAAUUCGCGAUUUAUUAAAAUCACGAAAUAUUGUGUUGGAAGGUUUUAUGCAUGAAUCGCAAUGUGACAAGUCGAAAUUACAAAAGACGAAAACUUCAUCAAAAAAGAAAUCAACUUCAAGAUAUAUCAAGUUGGAAGAUAUGGCAACUGAAGGAACUCCUCGAGACGAAAAUCCUUUCCUUAAUUGUUUAGCAUAUGCAACGUUUAUGAAUACGUCGUUGGAGAAUAGUCCACAAUCAUCAACAGUGACAUUACCUUCAAGUGAAGCAAUACAAUAUGAACAAACAUCAUCACCCGAAUCUACAACUUCAUCGUCAUCAGGAUAUAUGUCUUUUGAUUAUUUAACGGCCGAAGGUGGAACAUUUCCACCGAAUGCUGAUGCUUUUAAUCCAGAUAAUCCAGACAUAUCAUUAAUAUUUGAUAACAUUGAUGACCAAAUGAGUAAUAAUAAUCCAUUCAUGUCAUUACCGACACCAGUUGAUUGGGCUUGUUGGACAGAUUGGACAGACUUGAUGUUAAGAAUGAGUCAAGGAAAUCCUGGUUCUAAUUUUGACAAUAUGACAUCAGCUGGUUCACCAAACGUUGUUGGUAAUCCACAUAUGCAACCUUCCGUCACAUUGGGUGCAACAACCAUUCCAUCUAUGUCUAACAUGACACUUUAA